GUUAGCAAUGUAGAUGUUGCACAUUAGUCCAUAGGUCAACAGGCUAGGGAUAAGAACAAAGCAGCAGCAUAUUUUAGCUGAAACUAGGUGCAAGUUCACAACUGCGGGGCUGUCAGAUAAGGGUUGAAUGCCGAGAAAUGUUUUAAAUUUGAUUUGCUGCUUUAGAGGCUGCGUGGAGGCUGACUUGUGGAAUGGCGAGGGCGCUACGCUGUCCAGGAGGGCGCCCCGCGACCUGGAUCGACUGCAGGCUAUCGACAUUGUUGCCAAUGUGUCACUGACCGGAGAGGAAAAACUCAAGGCCCUCAGCAGCUAUUUUGGCGCCGCCUCUGUCAGCCUCGCCGUGUUGGCGGACGACGGUAUCCACUUUGUCAUCGUUGCAACAUCGCCCAGCGCCAGUCCCGCUGUCGAAUGCUUCCAGCCGGGUACUGUCAUCCCUGUAGCUGCCAAGUCUGCAUGGGCGCCGAAGGCGGCGAGCGGGUGCCCACUAGAUGUAACCGCGCAAGUUCACAGUGUUCCUAAUCGGGACGACACCGCAAACGAUGCCGCCGGCGCGCAAGCCCACAGCCCGGGAGUGCAGCAGCCCACGCCGCCGCUGGCUGGCAGCAGCUGCUUCGGCGACGCCCUUGGCGCCGCGUUUGCGAAGCUGUUGCAUGAACAAGUCGCCGUUCGUUCGGGCUUCGGCACGGCUCACAUGCCGCCGUCGCAGCAGCAGCAGCAGCAGCCGCAGGAGGGCCUCCGCCGACAGCGUGCUGGUGGCGAAAGCGGCGGCUGUAGCAGCACCAGCUUUGGUGAAGACAGCGGCGGCUGUAGCAGCAGGGACGAUGGCGGGCGCCUCCUGCUGGUGCCGCUGUGGUGGGCGCAGGAGCUGGCGGGGGCUCUCACAAUCAUCUGGGGCCCUCCGGCCGUAGCAACCGCCGCAGCCGCCGCAGCCACUCCCGUCAGGGAAGGGGCGGCGGCGGCGGCUACUGCUGCCGCCAGUGGCAAGUCAAAACGCGGCGGCGGUGGCAAAGUCAAGUCAGCUUUCCUCUCCUGGAGAAGCUCGGCAGUAUCGGGCGCCAACAGGUUUAGAAACGGGCAUGCCUUUCCUAGCGGCCCCGGCGGCAGCACCGGCAGCACGGAUGGCGGCGACGGCUGUGGCGUCGCCGCCGCCACGGGCGGCUCCACACCGAAACCGCCGCCUCCACCGGCGCACGAACAGGAGCAGCCAGCUGUGCUACUGCCUCGAGAGGUGGAGGAGCAGGAGGCGGCGGCGGCGGCACGCCUCCUGACUUUCUUCCUGUUCCGCUUUAGCCUAGAACGCGUGCCGCUGAUGCGAAGGGCAUGCGGCUUGGCAGCCGCGGUGUACCAGUGUGCGAGGGCUGGCUCUGGUGGUGGUGGCGGCGCCAGCGGCGGCAGUAGCAGCGGCUGUAGCAGCGGCAGCAGCUGCUGUGUGGGGGAGCUGCUGCGGGUUCUGAGCAGCGGGGCGGAGGCGCUUCUCAACGACCGGCACCAGCUUUGGCACACGCCGCAGCAGCUCUCAGUGAUGGCGGCCACAAUGCUGUUCCCGCACACGCCCUCGGCAGCAGGUGUGGGUGCUGCCGACAUCAGCGGUUGCAUUCAGCUGGUGCGACCGCGGCCUCGAGGGGUCCAGACCUCCGGCGGCGGCAACGCAGCCGCAGCGGGAGCGCCCCUGCAACCACCACCACAACAGCAGCAGCAACGUCAACGACAGCAGAAAAGCGCCAAGCCUGCGGCAGCAGCCACGGUCGCCUUCUUUCCUCUGGAGUCACACGCACUCGCCGCUGCUGCCACAGCAGCAGCAGCAGUGGCAGCGACCCCGCACACGGACUGGUGCUACAGCCCGCUGCUACUGCCCACGUGUUCACAGCCCGGCACGCCGCUGUCGGCAGUAGCAUGCAACCACCUGCUGCUGCCCCAGCGCCCAAGCUUCUCGACGCACCUGCAGCUACAGCUGCAGCAGCAGCUACAGCUGCAGCAGCAGCAGCAGCAGCAGCAGCAUGACAGCCGCCGCCUCACCGGCUGCCGCGGCUACAGCCACAUCCACAACCGUAGCGUCCAGAGCGUUGACCCGGAGCUGACGCUCUUGGGCCGGGCUGCUGCCGCCGCUGCUGCUACUGCCGCGCCUGCCACGGUGCUACUGCCGGACUGCGCCGCCGAGUUGAUGCGGGAGGAGGGCCACGUGCCCCUCGACGUGAUGAUGGGCGCACGGCGGCUGGCGGCGCCGCCGGCUGUAGCAGCCAGCGCCUCAUCGCAGGCUGUAGCAUCAGGCGCUUACCACGCCACUGGUGCUGGCGGCGGCGGCGGCGGCGCGGUGGGCUCCGCGGCGGCGGUGUGUGCAGCGCCGCAUGCAGCUGCUGCAGCUGUUGGCUGUAGCAGCUCGGGCCAGGCGCAGCAGGCCGUGCAGCCGCAGGCGCAGGGGCAGCCAGUGCUUGGUCUGGUGCUGUGCAGUGGCGGCGCCAUAGCGGAGGGCUUCCUGGCGACGGUAGCACAGGAUGCGUCCACCAUCGUGCAGAUAUGUGACGAAGCCCUGCGCGCGGCGCUGUCACUGCCGCCACCAGCUAGCGUGGCGGGCACUGCUGCAGCCGCCGCCGCCGCCGCCGGUGCUACAGCCCCCGGUGUCACAGCUGCUACCUGCUGGCAGGACCUACUCCUCCACGACGGCCACUGCGGCUGCCACAGCCGCACCGCGGCUGCGGCUACUGCGGCUGCGGGUGCUACUGCCAUUCAAGACAUUGUGAAUGCUGACGUUGAGGCGGCUGCGCAGCAGCAGCAGGAGCGCAGGAGGAUGCAAACGGAGCAAGAGGAGCAGGAGGAGGAGCGGAAUGCCAGGAUGCACGCGCGGGAGCAGCAGCGGGUUUGCACGCUGUUGGGCAUGAUGAAUGCAGAUGCGGGUGGGGGUGCCAGCCCGGACACCGUUGGGCUCGUGCACGACACGCCACUCGACACGGCACGCGUGGCCGCUGUACGGCAACAGUCGUACGGGGGCGCAUACGGCCGUGGCAGUGGCCUAGUGGCCGUCGCCGCCGCCGCGCGGGCUGCUACAGCCGACGGCUUUGUGCCAGACAGUGUCGGCGGCGGCGGCGGCAACGGCGCCGACUGUAGCGGCGGCGGCCCUGGAGUCUCUACAGUCAGCGGCGCCAUCGGCAGCUUCUCUAACCGCCGCCAACCGCUGUGCAUGACGCGGCCGCCAGGUGGCGGUUUUGGUGGCGGUUUUGGCACCGGCGGCGGCGGCAGUGGCGGCGGCGGCAGGAGCAGUGACCUGCCAGCUGCUGCUGGUGCCGCCGCCGGCGGGCGCUCCGCGUCGGCUGCUGUGGGUUGGCGCAGUCCGCAGCCCUUGAGCGCGGGCCCGAUCCGCACCGCCACAAACUGCUACGUGAGGGGUGGCUGCGGCACUGGCGGCGGCGGUGGCCACGGCACCGUCAGCAUCGGCGGCGGCGACGUUGCUUUAAUUGGCAACCAUUCUCCCAUGACCGCUUAUUUCACCAGCGGCAAUCUAAUACGGACGCUUGGCGGCGGCGGCAGUGCUACUGCCAUGGGCGGCGUCGGACCAGCUACAGCCACGGCGCACACCAGCCUGGCAGCCUGCAUGACCCCAUCGCACCCCAUCUCGCCCAUGCAAGUCAUGAUCCAGACCAUCACCAGCAGCAUCACACAGACCUUGAGCGCCAUGGAGCGCGCCGACAGCUGCACGCCGGAGCGGCAGUGCGAGGAGCUGUCGUCCCUGACGCUGGGCGAGCCGCUGGGGUGGGGCGGGCAAGGCGUGGUGUUCCGCGGCACACUGCACGCGCUGGAGGUGGCGGUCAAGGUCUGUGCCUACACCGACGCCUACUCCACACCCACACCCACGCCGCCGCCGCCCCCGGCACCCUGGCUGCCCGCCACUGGCAGCGGCGGCGUCCCGAGCAGCGCCAACACAACCAUCAGCGCCGCCAACACCGCCAGCGCCACCCCUGCCUACACCCACCAUCACAACGUGAGCGGACUUGGACUUGCCCCUUUGGGAUCCGUGGGGUCAGGCGGCCUGCUGGCAAUUCCGGCUGCCGGCGGCCUGACCCGUGCGUCAGGUGUGUCAGCGGGCACGGUAGGAUACGGCGGCGCCAGCCCGCCGCCGCCGCCGCCGCCGCCACACCUUCCAGGCGCCCACCACAGUUUCAACAGCUACAGCAGCACGCCCAUUCGGCACAACGGCAGGACCCCGGGUGGCGGCGGCGGCAGUUGGGCUACUGCCGGCGGCGGCGGCAGCGACGCAGGCACCAGCGGCGGCAGUAGCAACGGCGGCGGCACCAUGGCUGCCACGGUCGCAGCUGCUACAGCUGCUGGUGCCGCUGCUGCUUCUGCCACAACCCCCACAAGCAGCUCUCGCACGGGCUUUCGUGCUGCCGCCAGCGCAAGCCGCCGCGGCGGCGGUGCUACUGCCGCGGCGGGACCGGGGGGUCUUGCGGAGGGCGCGAUGGGUUACGGCAGUAGCAGCACUACGAACAGCAGCAGGAUGCGCGCCACACGCUUUGCGUCGGAGCCCCCGGCGCCGCUUGCUGCAGCCAACAUGCCGACAGGAGGUCCUGCUACUGCCGCCGCUGCGGCUGCUACUGCUGCUACAGCUGGUAGCGGAGCAGCGGGUGUGUCGCCAUCCGCCAGCCCGCAGCCGUACCGCGUCCGGGGCGUCAGCGUCGAUUCGGCGGCUGCAACAGCUGCAGCCACACAUGCCGCCACUAGCUGCGGUCUGGCGGCGCAGGCAGCAGCUGCUGCAGCCUUCGGCGCGGCGUCAAUAGACGGCGGCGCCGCCGCCGGCAGUAGCAGCAAUGCUACUGUGUUUGCGGGUUCCUUUGCCGGCACACCGGGUGGCACGACUGCUGCGACUGCUGCUACGGCCGCUGGCCUGCAGAGCGGUCCCUGCAGCAACUCUGUGAAUAAUGGGUGUGCUGGCGGCGGCGGCGGCGGCGGCGGAGCUCCGGCUGGGAGCUGCGUGCUGCAGAUUGAGGAUUGGUCUCGCAUGGUCGCGGCUUUGGGUGUGGGUGCUGCCGCCAAGCACGACAUGAACAAGGUGUCCAUGCUCCGCAACGCCGCCGAGCUGGCCGUGUGUUCGGCGCUGCCUUGCCACCCACACCUGGUGCAGCUCUUCGGCUACCACACAGAGGUCCAGCUCGUCAUGACCCAACCGCCGCCACCGCCGCCCCAUGCUACUGCCAAUGCGCCUGCUGCCUCCGAGGCUGCUGCUACUGCUAGCUAUGCGGCAUCCGCGGCGGCUGCAGCAGAAGCCGAAAGGCCGCUGGCGCUGGUGCCGAGCAGCCUGGUACCGCACCUGGGGCUGCCCGUGGUGCAGCUACAGCCGCAGCAGCAGCACUUGCAGCAGCAGCUGCAGAUGCAACUGCUACAGCCGGCGGUGUACGCGGCGCUACAGCCGCAGCAGCAGCACGUGGCUCUAGUGAUGGAUUACUGCGACGGUGGUGACCUGAGGACGGCAGCAGAGGCGGGCCGGCUGUUGCGUGCCCCCGAGCCGUGGGAGGAGGAGGCGGCGGCGGUCGCGGGCGGCGGCGGCGUGUGGGGCGGGCGCGUUCUCGACAUGCGGGCCAUCUACACGACGCUGCUGGAGGUGGUCCUGGCGCUGCGGCACCUGCACCGCCACGGCCUGGCGCACUGCGACGUCAAGCCGAGCAACAUCUUGCUACGCAGCAGCCCACGCGACCCCCGCGGCUGGACCGCCAAGCUGUCCGACUUCGGCUGCGUGCGCCUGCUGUCACAACCCCCGCAGCAGCACCAACAGGGGCAGUACGGAGCAGGGGCAGGCGCGCUCGGCGGUGGCAGCGGCCGCUGCAGCCGCACGUGCAGCAGCCGCAGCGGCGGCACAUGGCCGGGCGGCGGCAGCGGCGGCUUGCCGAGUAACGGGAACAUGACGAGUCCGUCUGCCGCUGCUGCGGGUGCUACUGCGGCGGUGGCUGCAAAUGCCACGGCGGAUGAAGUUCCUCUGUCGCCCGCUUCUGCCGCCCACGUUGGCGGCUACUCCGGUCCUCUCAGCGGCUCCGUCGCUGCCCCUGCCCCUGGGUUUCGCGCCCUGAACCAGCCCGUGGGGAGCUUCACACAUGCCGCACCGGAGGUGUUUGUUCGCGGCGCCUGGCUUGACGCGUCCGUGGAUGUCUACGCGUUGGGCAUUGUCAUGUGGGAGCUGGCAUGCCUGGCGCCCGUGUAUCCGGGUCUGUCGCCGCCCGAGGUCGGGCGACUGGUGCUCUCCGGCGUCAGGCCCGUGUUUGGGCCGCACGUGCCCCACGAGUACAGCGCGCUGGCCUCUGCCUGCUGGGCGCACGACCCCGCCCGCCGACCCACCUCCGCCGCCCUGGUGCAGCGGCUGCAGCAGCUGCUGCGCGCGCAGCAGGACACCGCGGCGGCAGUAGCAGCUGCCGCUGCUACAGCCUCCGCGGCUGCAGCUGCGGCUGCAGCUGCUACUGCCAGACCGUGGCCGCACCCAGCCCAAAAUCAGCAGCAGCAGCAGCAGUGGCCGUUGUCAAUGCGCCGAACCACCAUCACCUCCAUCCCGAGCGUCACCAGUGGAUUUGGAUUGGGAUCUGGGUUAACUGCAGGACUCGGCGGGUCUGCUGCUUCCAUCGCUGGGUCCGACAUGGGGCAACUGACGCCUCUGGGACCCGCGCCCAUCACCGCUGCCGCCCUGGUGACGGCGGCCACGGCCCACGUCUCACCGCCUGGCGUGAGCUCGCCCGCACCCGCGCGCGCGCCAGGUGCAGCAGCGGCAGCAGGCGUGGAGCCGGCGGGCAUGCCGCCGGGCGCAGCGGGGGCUGCGGCGGUCGCGGCGGCGUUUGCCGCUGCCGAGCAGGCGCAUCGAGCGUCACAGUCGCAGCUGCUUCAGCGGCAGCCGCGGUCGCAGUCGCCAUCACCGCCGCCGCCGCUGCCGCCCCUUCAUCAGCGGCCGCAACAGCAGCAGCAAUUGGUGGCGGCGCCGUAUCAACGGCCGUACCAACCGCCAUACCCUGCCACUGCUCCCAACGCCCAACCAAGCAAUGCCAACGGCGACGAUACCACAUCUUCAUUACUACCAGUACCGUCGCUGCCGCCGGCGUUGGCUGACGUCAUCUCGGACGUCGCGGGCGCAGGUGCGGACGGCGGCGCUUACGGCGGUUACGGUGGCGGUUACGGCGGUUACGACUGUACGGAAUCGCUGAUGCUGGGUGGCAUCGAUGUGAGCCCUCGAGGCGGCGGCGGCGGUGGCAGCGUGGCGGUUGUGCCUGAGGAUGAGCCACUGCUGAUGAUGCUGUUGGGUGGCAGUGGCGGCCGCGGCGGCGGUAGUGGUGGCAUGCACGCAGGAUACGCAGGGGCAGUGGCGGCGGCGGCGGCCGCAUCGGCAUUCGGCGCAGUGGGUGUCGCGGCGGCGGAGUCUGAUGGACGGCGGCGGCUGACCAGUGGAUAAAACGCCGCGCUUGGGCCCGCCGGCGGCCGGAGUUGCUGAGUUGCAAGCAAUGGUUGUCUGCUGCGUGCUAGCUAGUCAAGGGUUGCUAGAUAGCAGCUAGCUUGAUUGUGGUUUACGCGUUUACUGAAUGAGAGGUUCGCUUUCAUCAUGUCCCGCCGGUUGGUUGGCUGGUACGUCAGUAGUUCUUUGCUCUCGCGCAUGGGGGAGCAUUGCGUUGAUAUAAUGUAUGCCUGGCAUCCCAAUUGCACGCACUGUCAUGCAUGCAGACAAUACUACGGUAGUGAUAAUUGUAGCUCUUUAUCGUUGCGUGCUUUCGUGCAGAACCAACAGUUGCAGGGCGGUCACUAGUCAUGUAUGUUCCUUGGUCGAUGCGCCGCUAACUUUUUGAGGCUUUGAUAAAAUUAUAUGUGCCAAGGAAAGUCUGGCAACAGUAAUUUGGCGUGUAUGUGCUAGCUCUCAGCUGUCAUGCAAGGUGCUCAGAUUGUUGCGAACGCUCAACAGUCGUUAGGGACGACCGGGUGGUUGUGUGGUCUAGAGGUGGGCUGCCAUGGGCAAAUCUCAACAAUGCAUGCAACUGUGCAUGGGCGCAAGCAGCCGCGCCGCGAAUUGCACUGAAUUUGAACUUGAUCUGAAGCAGCUCCAAACCUGUUGCCCAGUCACCCAGAAGCUUUGAACAUAGUUCCCUUGGUUGAGACAAUUCCUUUCUG